AUGAUGAGAAACAUUCGAAUACUUAGUAUGCCGGAAGUCAAAGUACUGAUCAUCGGCUGCGGUGUGGCUGGGCCUGUCCUAGCACAUUUCCUGAAACGCAAAGGCUACACGCCGAUUGUAUUCGAGAAAGUCACCAAGUUAGGAGAUGCAGGCGCCUCACUAAUGUUGAUGCCGAACGGACUCAAAGUUCUCGGUCUAGCCGGCAUCCUCCCCGAGAUUCAACGAGAUUCAAUUGAUCUCCAAGCUUUUGUGGACAAGACUGCGAACGACGAGGUUUUAGGCACUUCCAGUAUCCCAACUACGUUCAAGCAGAAGUAUGGUACGCCAGGACUUGGCGUCAAGCGUACCGAGCUGAAUUUAAAAUUGAAGAGCCUGGUCGAAGAACUCGGUGUCGAUGUCAGGGAGGGUUGGGAGCUGGAUGAUGUCGAGGAGACGGAUGAUUCGGUUACUGCGCACUUCAAAGGGAGAGAAUCUGUGACCGGUUCAUUCUUGAUUGGCUGUGAUGGUAUCAAGGCUGCUUCAAGGAGAGUGCUAUUGGGAAAGACUGGUCUCGAAGAAGGAUUGCCCGAAUUCACAGGCUUGACUCAGACGGCUGGUCUGUCACCAACUCCAGUGGCCCUUGGAGCCCUUCCAGCGAUGCGGAACUGGUACGGCGAAGGCGUGCACGUGAUAUCAUACCCAGUUUCCCCGACCGUUGCCUCAUGGGCCAUCACAUUGCCUGAAGGAUCUGGUCAAGAAGCUGCGUGGGGGCUGUGUACAGCAGAAGAGAUCGAAGAACGCAAACGGACGUUGUCCGAGCACGUCAAGUCAUGGAGUGACGGCGUCCCUUAUGAACUGAUAACCUCAGCUACUAGGAUCAUCAAGUUCGGCAUUUAUGAUCGUGAAGAGAUGAAGCCAGAACAGUGGCACUCGAGACGAUGUGUCCUUGUUGGCGACGCUGCUCACCCAACGAGCCCACACUUGGGCCAAGGAGCGAACCAGGCCCUGGAAGAUUGCUAUACCCUUUCGAAUGCACUCCCAAGCCUUGAUGCCACGGACACAGAUUACGAAGGCAAAAUCGCGACACUUGGAGCUCCUCUCACUGAAAUAUUCCAACGAUUCGCUGAGAAGCGACAACCACGAACCGCAGCUUUGGUCAAAGGUGCUCGUGCACAGGGAAAUCAACGGGUUGUUACCACGGGGCCAGAAGAUUGUCGGAGGAGAGAUGAACAAAUCAAGGCUGUGUGGGCAGAUAGCGAGGCCAUUCGUCGUAAAUACGAUGCGCUGCUGAGUGAACCAUUCCAGCAUUCUUCGCAGUGA